AAAACACGUUUUAACCCUUCAUGACUCUCACUACCUACAGACAGAACAAAACGCUGGACAUCCUAAAUCCUGCUGCAUUGAGAGCAAUCGCUAAUCCGGCAAAAGGCAAAGGUUAUCUUGUGAUCGGACAUCUUUAAUGCCAGCUGCCCACUGCUACAAAUUUAUGCGCGCACAUGCCGUUUAAAUGGAGACAGACGUUUUCAGAACAGUUUGAUGGAGCUUUGGAAUAUUUGUUGUUUCUUAAUUUAACAAAAAACUGUGUCUAAGUGCAUAGCUUCCACCUUUCAGACUGAAUAUAUCACCCAAAAGUCCAUGGACAGCUCAGAUGAUGAGUUUUUUGAUGCUCAAGGAUUGCUUACGGGAGAAAAAUUGGAGCUUCAAUUGUAGAUCAUUUCUACAGAGUGUAGAAACUGAGAGCCAUAAAGUGGAAGGCCUGGACAGUACGACAAAGUGCAAGACUCAUGUGCUAAUAUUGGUGGUGCAUGGAGGAAACAUUCUAGACCCAGCCAGUGGUGACCUGCAGACAAAGGAGGCAGACGUAGCCACUUUGUCCUCAGUGCUGGAGAAAGUGGCACAGGCACACUUUAAAACUGCCACACAUCAGAUACUAAUCAAGCUGGUGCCCUGUCCUGCUGUAUGUGCAGAGGCCUUUUCCCUGGUUUCCAAUUUGAACCCUUAUAGCCACGACAAGAGCUGUGUGUCGAGCAGUGUAGACCACCUUCCACUAUCAGCACUCCCACUUUUGGCUGUUGCAUCACCACACUACAAGGAUUCUGUGGCAAGUGUCAUCUCCCGAGUCAAUGAGGUCUACCGCAUCUUCCUACAAUCUCCUGAUGGACAUGGCUUCAGUGGUCAGGUGUGUCUGUUGGGUGACUGUGUGGGUGGCGUGCUAUGUUUUGAUGCACUGUGUUUCAGCAAUAGCCCGCAACAUGACAAGCCAAGACAUAGAGGGAGACACAACAGUUUGGAGAGUCUAAGGGAUAACCCUGGACUUCUGGGUGAGGACGACUGUGGCUUGAGCUCCAGCAAGCGACAAAGCAAAAGCAACAAUGACAUUUCUUGUGCCACUGACAGUCAGCAUCCAUUUUGCAGCAGUCAAGUCCAGGAUAAAACAGACUUAAACUCGAGAGGAAUCAAUCCAAAGUGGAAUCCAGGUCAUUUUGACUUUGAGGUAUCGGAAUGUUUCCUGCUAGGCUGUCCACUUGGACUAGUGUUAGCCCUGAGACGCACCGUUCUUCCUUCGAUCAAAGUGACUCAGCUGCAGCCGGCCUGCUCGCAGAUCUUCAACCUGUUUUACCACUCUGACCCAUCAGCCUCCAGACUGGAGCCCCUCCUGCAUUCUUGCUUUCACCAGUUGCCUCCAUUCCCUGUUUCACGCAACCCGCUAGGGGAUGGCUGCUCAACCCUCAUUGUUGAUGAGAUCCAUAGUCACCCUGAUGUGUUCAUGGAUGAAGGCCCUGCUCCAGGCAGUGCUGCAUUCUCCUCCUGUGAGGACGAAGCAGAGAAAGGAAUGAAGCAGGGGGUGGAUGUUGACAGCAAGCCCUCCGGGUGCAGGGAGAACAAGCUAAGCCUCACUAUUGCCAACAUCUCCAGUAACUGGUGGGGCUCUAAACGACUGGACUAUGCUCUUUAUUGUCCUGAUGUAUUUGCUGCAUUCCCCACUGUGGCUCUGCCUCAACUCUUCCAUGCCUCUUACUGGGAGUCUACUGAUGUGGUGGCCUUUCUGCUCAGACAGGUGAUGCAGUGUGACUGUGUGAAGGCUCAGGAGGCAGACAGCUUUGACCUCACCUGCUUUUCCCCUUCCAGCCCCAGAGAGAGAUGGCUACGAAGACGUACACAUGUUAAGUUAAGGAACAUCACUGCCAACCACAGAGUGAAUGAUAUCAUUGCGACGGAGGAAGGACCACAGACUCUGGUUGGUCGCUUUAUGUACGGUCCUUUGGACAUGGUCACUCUGACAGGGGAGAAGGUGGAUGUGUAUGUGAUGACUGAACCACAUUCAGGACAUUGGGUGCACUUUGACACCAAAAUCACCAGCAGCAGUGGCAGAGUGUCUUACACGAUCCCGGACAGCAAAAAAUUCCCUGUGGGAGUUUAUCCUAUUAAAAUGGUUGUUAGGGGAGACCAGACAAGCGCAGAAGCUUUCAUGACUGUGCUACCACAGGGAAUGGAAUGUGUGGUGUUUAGCAUUGAUGGGUCUUUUGCUGCUAGCGUCUCCAUCAUGGGCAGUGACCCUAAAAUGCGUGCAGGUGCUGUGGAUGUGGUCAGACACUGGAAGGACCUCGGAUAUCUGAUCAUCUACAUCACUGGGCGUCCAGACAUGCAGAAACAGAGAGUGGUGUCUUGGCUUUCCCAGCACAACUUCCCACAGGGCAUGAUCUUUUUCUCAGAGGGUUUAGUGCAUGACCCACUGCGCCAAAAAUCCAUCUUCCUUAGGAAUCUUAUUCAGGAGUGCCACAUUAAUAUCAGAUUGGCCUACGGCUCCAUGAAGGACAUCUCUGUCUACAGCAUGCUGGGUCUCAGCCCCAACCAGAUAUAUAUAGUGGGCAAACCAUCCAAGAAAUACCAAAACCAAUGCCAGUUUCUAAGUGAGGGUUAUGCCAUGCACCUUUCCUCACUGCAGUUUGGCCACCAGGGCCGAUCCCAGAAGACUUCAUCCAUGCGCAUGCUAAUUCGUAAUAGCUCUUUUGGCCUUUCAACAAAACUAGACUUUAAUCCCAAGCGUACACUCCUUAGACGUACAAUGUCUGUGCAGCAGGCUGAGCUACCCAAGACACUGAUUCCUAAAGCAGAGCGCUCCCAAAGUCAGCCUGAGUCUGAUAAAGACCACACGUUUGGAGGAGGAAUAGACCAUAGCAUGUUUGUGCUGGGGAACAUGCACAGAGGCAACACCACCCCCUGACCACAGAUAGAAUAAAGAGAGAAGGAGGGACAAGAGGAGAGAACAAUGACCAGAGACAGGAUACUGCAUGCUGGAAGAAGUGCCACCUGAACCUGUUCCAAGCUGAGUACAAAAGAAAGGCGAGUUCUUGGAAAAUAUUCGAAUGCUAAGAGGAACAGAAAUACCUGCAUCCGGUUUUCUCGCAAAGUAGUGAUCAGUAUCAGAUCCUGGACUGUAGGGCACAUUCCAGUCCUGGACUGAUAGAGCCUCUGUGUAGCUGCAAAGCCUUCGGAGGCCCAAGCCUAAACGACAGCAGAAUACAUAGGAUUUUUAUGAUAAAGUUGCAGAGACUGUCUUUACACCGCCCUUAUCCAGAGUAUGCAGACACCACUUUCAUUUUCAUCAGCCAAUCUCCUUUUUCUUUGUCACAGCACUGUGUUCAAAACAAACUCUUCAUUGUUAACUCACUCUUUUUAUCCUAAAUAAAUUUUUUUUUAUUUCAGAAAAUAUCAUUAUUUAUAUUAUAGAUAUUUAUAUAAUAAUAUGUUUUUUCUGUAUACUUGCAUUGUUAUAUGGUUUUGUAUGACUUGUUGAUCUGUUACAAGACAUAAGCAUGUGUCUCUGCACAUGUAUCAUCAUUCAGGUUUAUUUUAUUUUAAUUCAAUUCAAGUUUAUUUGUAUAGCGCUUUUUACAAUGGGCUUUGUCUCAAAGCAGCUUUACAGAACAUAAACAUAGAACAGAAGGUAAACAUAAAGAGAAAUA